GGGAAAUUCCCAGUGUGUGCCCAGGGUGUAUAUAGGACAUACAGCUCACAACAUGUAGUCAGAAAACAUUGGUUCAGAGAACAAUUUAGGAUUCACAAGAACUAAGGACUGAAUACAAGACACUGCUACCUACCUACAAACUUCAAAACAACUCAUUAAGAUCUAACUACACAGACAUGGAUUUUGAGUCAAACUACAGUUUAAUAAAGAACACCUCUGAAAGCGCAGCAUGGAGCUCCAAGCUGCCUCAGGGUCUGGAUCUGGAGGUAUCCCAUCACCCCAUCACCAUGCGCCACAUUGCCAACCUCAUCAUCGCCAUGGAGAGGUUAAAGGGUGGCGAGGGGGUUACCAUGGGAACCGAGUUCAAGGACAAGGACCUGCUCAACUUCUUGCUGGAGAGUGCUGUGGAAGAACAUAUAGUGUUGGAGUUGGAGUCGGCGCCCUCAGCGAGGAGGAGGGCAGCAGGGUUCAGCAGUACAUCACAGUAUGAGUGUAGCGUCACUGACUCUGAGAACAAGUGCUGGGUACUGAUGAAGGAGGCUAUGGAGCUGCACGCCAUGAUGCUCCAGGGAGGUAGCAGCUACCACAAAGUGCAUUUGAACCUGUCUUCGUACGUCACGCCCGUCCCCAUUGAGACUGAAGCCAGACCUGUAGCCCUAGGCAUAAAGGGAUCCAACCUCUACCUGUCCUGCUCCAAAUCGGGAGGCAAGCCCACCCUGCACCUAGAGGAGGUUGCGGACAAGGAGCAGCUGAAGUCCAUCAGCCAGCAGAGCGACAUGGUGCGUUUCCUUUUCUACAGACGGAACACCGGGGUUGACAUCAGUACCCUGGAGUCUGCCAGGUUCAGGAACUGGUUCAUCAGCACGGACAUGCAGCAGGACUACACCAAACCGGUGGACAUGUGUCAGAAGGCAGCCCCCAACCGCUUUACCACCUUCACCAUCCAGCGCCACAACUAAGAUGGCCGCAAACACUGACACAACACCAGUCAGGCCAAGGCCUCCAAUAGAGAUCCUCUACAAUUCAUGUGAUUCUAUUGGGCCUCUGUGAUCAGGACUGGGUUGCCACUGUGGGUGCACGCACAUCAACAGAUUUAAGUGUAUUGCUUGUAAGACAAGAAUUUCCUGAGGUUUAGAGUAUGUACUGAGUACAGCAUGUUACCAUUGGGGUGUAUUGACGUAGUCAAUAUUGUGGUAAGCGCCCCUGAUAUAAUCAAAAUAUGCUUAAAACGAAAACUAAGUCAUUAUUGUUCUACUAUUUAUUAAUAUAUCUAUAAUUCAGUAAUUUAUACUUAUUUAUCAAUGUAUUUAUUUGGCUCUGUUGAUGUUGCACAUAUUAAUUGAUACAUGCAAACACUUAAAAUUCUUAUGUGCUCUUUUUAAUAAACAUAUUUAAAUUGAAUAUA